AUGCAACGCCAGAUCACCGGUACACUAGAUGUACGCUUUAUCGAUCGAAUUCAACAAGACAUCCUAAACCACCGGAACGAAUCAGAAUAUGACGUUUUAUACCUCACUCCAGUCCCCGAUUCCCGUCACAAUUUCCACGUGCAGAUCGAGGACUUUCAUAAACUUGACUUCGACAAUCCUGGCCAGUGGCCUCAACGUCUACUCACCGCAUACGCCCAAAUUAACAAACGAGCCCCCGGCGGAAUCCCUUUUAUCGUCAACGAAAUCUGCAAGCCGGGAUGCACACGCGACCAUUCAAAAAAACCGCUGCCUUCAGCUUCCUGUACCAAUGUUGGAGCUGAGGUCGCAACUUUCAAUCCCGAAGAUGAUCCGACUGGAACUGAUUGCAAGGCCUUGCAAGGAUAUCCCAUUUUCUUUGAGUUUAUUAAUGCUGUCAUGGACCACUUUUAG